UCCACCUGUUGCCAUCGAUGUCGCUGUGAAGUAUGAUUUAUCGAUGCCUCGGUGCUUCCAUCCCUAAUGCUAGGAAGACUUAUUUUACCGCGUUUUCAACUAUUGACUAGAAUGGCUGGAAGCACACCCCCUAAGCGCUCACCCCUGUGGAUCGGCACUCACAACGGCACCUUUCACUGCGACGAGGUGGUGGCCUGCUUCAUGCUGAAACAGCUGCCGGAGUACGAAAAUGCAGAGAUUUUCCGCAGCCGGGACGACAAACAACUGAGGGAAAAGUGUGAUAUAAUUGUGGAUGUGGGUGGAGAAUAUGAUCAUGGAAAGAAAUGGUAUGAUCACCAUCAAAAAACAUUCGGAGAAACUCUCAGCAGUAUUCGUCCAGAAGUUAGCGAGGAAUUUAACGUGAUCAGGCUUAGCAGUGCUGGCUUGGUCUAUAGUCACUACGGCGAGAGAGUCAUCCAAAGCAUUUUGCAAAAGGAACGAGGCAUCCAACUGUCUCCGCAAAACCUCAAACUGGCCUUUAUUCAGAUUUACAGAAACCUAAUCAGUGAAUUGGACGCCAUCGAUAACGGUGUACCCAUGUUCGAGGGCGGAGAACCAGUUUACAAAAUUUCCACCCAUCUUUCCGCCCGGAUCGGAAAACUAAAUCCCUCCUGGCAGGAGACAAGCGUGGAUAUCGAACAGCGGUUCAGCCAAGCUAUGGAAGUUGCUGGUCGGGAAUUUGUGCAAAACGUAAUAGAAGUCUCAUGCUCCUGGAUAGCUGCCAGAGAUUAUGUUCGAGAAGCUUUGGAAAAUGCAAAAAGUGUCUAUCCUUCCGGCGAGAUCUUGGUACUAAAGACUUUCUGCCCUUGGAAGGCACAUUUGGCAGAUCUGGAGAAAGAAUACAAGGUGGAGGGUGUGCCAAAGCUGGUCGUGUUUAAUGAUGGCACUAGUUGGCGAGUCGCUGGAGUCCCCGUGAGUCCCAGCAGCUUCGUCGGACGCAAGUUCCUUCCCACGCCGUGGCGAGGAUUGCGAGAUGAAGAGCUGUCUAAAAAGGCAGGAGUGGAAGGUCUCGUCUUUGUUCACCAUAGUGGGUUCAUUGGCGGUGCUAAAAGCGAAGAGGCUGCCUUGUCAAUGGCUAAGAAAUCUAUUGAGUGGUCCGAGGAGUAAAUGACAAAAAUUUUUAAAUUUAAAUAUUGCUUCAAUAAAGUGUUUCGUAAUUAAGACACCUAUGAUGUUAAUAGUACCAGAAUAAAUGGCAGACUUCACAAAA